AUGGCAGACGAAAAUAGCCCCCUUCUCGAGUCGUCUUUCGACCGGGACAUGGACGACUUUGACAACCAAUCCAAGCGCACUACGGAGUCGCAAAACGUGGAACGGAUGUUGCGCCAGCGCUUCUGGUGGUUCUGUAUUUUGGGCGUGGCUGCGAUUGUGGCCCUUCAGCUCUCGUUCCUCCCCCGCACAUCUUGUAACCGCGACUUCCGCCGCUGGUACGACUUACAUUUGACGAAAACUGACGUGAAACGUCUAUUUUUGGUGCAGCUGCAAAGAGGCCGCCCUGAAGACGACGGAUUGACCGUCGAAGACCACGUGGACCACUGGCUCGGAGCGUUCUCCAUGCUCAAUGCAAAAACUACCGCAGGCAUUUCUGCCCUGACCGCGCCCGAGUUGGCGGCAAUGGUGCAACAGAAUAUGCGUGAUUUUGGUUUCGAAACCAAUUCCCACAUUUACCCUCUAUCCCCGCUUGUCAAGGAACCGCUUCUGCUGGCAGUGCGCUUGGUAGACGUGCAGCUGGGCCGCGUUCUCUACAAUGCGAAAACACAUGAGGCUGGGUCUCCAACCCCGGCUUUUUUCCCCUUUGGUGCUAAUGGUUCUGUCGAAGCACCGCUCACUUUUGCGCGUGCAGGCACGCCAGAAGAUUUCCUGGCUUUGGAGAGACAUGGUCUAUCCGUGGCGGGACGUAUAGUGGUGUUUUCCCACCUGCUGACUUCAGAUUACUUGCUUGCAGACAAAAUAGCAUUGGCGGAGCAGCGCGGGUGUGCCGCUGUCGUUGUUUAUGGCGACGUGGAUGCAGAGGACGCCAUAUCCCGCAAUUUCAAGCCAUUUGCAGUGCCGGAACCAGGAAUACGUAUUCCGUUGAGCUACAGUGCCGCCCAGCCUAUAUUAAGCACAUUGGGGCCUGCUAUGGAACCUUUUCAGAAUUGGCCCUACGCUCCGCAACCUCUUGAUGACACCUUAUGCUUACAAGUUGCCGCACAAUUUGCACCUGACCUGUUGUACGCUACUAAUAUCGUUGGUCUGCUCGAAGGAGUGCUCAAUGACGGCGUUAUUUUGGUUGGCGCCUCCCGCGACAUUCUCACCUCUUCAAAUCCUCUCAGUGGUCACGCCAUCAUGCUUGAAGUGAUGCGUCGCUUCCAAUUGUUGCGUAAUAUGGGCUGGAGACCGUUGCGGGCCAUACGAUUUGUGUCCUGGGACGCCUCUCGCAGUGCUGCACAGGGCUCUCAUGCUAUGGUUCUUGACUCCAGUGUGCUCAAAACAAAUCUCCCUGUCUUGGCCUAUAUCAACUUGGACGAGGAUGUAGUGAUGGGUGAUCAUUUUUCCGUCGAUGCUAAUCCACUCUUCAACAACAUCCUCAGGUACACCGCCAAGUUUGUGCCAUUCCCAAGAAACUCAACACAUUACAGACGCAUAUCAAAGAAUGACAAUGAUAUGAUCAGUGACGAUGAGGAAGAUGAUGACAUAUCUUUGUAUCAUUACUGGUACAAACAGAGCAAAGCCUAUAUCAACAACAGAGUAGGCAGCGCUUUCGCUGGCAAAGAUGCCAGCUCAUUUCAAUCGUCAUUCGCCGUUCCUACUAUCAAUUUCAAAUUUGCACAAAGCCCUAACCAUAAUGACUCUGUGUACGUGCCGGAAUCGAGCUUCUAUUCUUUAGACUGGCUCUCUCAGAAUGUCGAUAAGUCGUACGCAUUGCACAGUCUGUUAGUACGCUUUCUUGGUCUCCUAGUUCUUUCCUUAGGUGAGCAUGAGGUUGUUGAUUAUAAAACGGCCGAUCUUUUCCAGCAAGCCCAAUCUUUCUUCCUGGAUUUUGUUGAUGCAAACAAGGACACGUUGAAAGGUUGGGAAGACGAGGUAGUACAAGAUUCACUUUUAUCGAAAUCUACUCUUUUAGCUGAUUUGAAGGACCGUAUGGACGGAGAUGCUGACAAGCACACGCAGUUCAAAUUCCGGGCUUUGGUACAGCAAAUGAAGGAAAUUUUUGGUGAGCUCCAAAGUCAGUCGGAAAUAUACGACGCAUACAAUGUGGACGUACAAGAGAUGUGGAUCGAGGAUUAUCCUUGGUACAAGAUGUUCAAAAAGGCGCAGAUAUACGCCAAGUUCAAAGUGACAAAUUACAAGCUUCUCAGAAUAGAAAAAGGGUUAACACUCACUCCUGAUGAGACAGAGAAGACUGGCGGUGUGAACGAAACACAUCACUUGAUGUAUGAAGUCCCUCAAGGACAGCAUUCGCGGGCCGAGUUACAUCAACGGGGAGCCUUUGCGUCAAUGUACGAGGCGGCCGAAACGGGAAAUAUGGAACGAAUGAUCAAAAUCAUGGUGGGGCUGUAUGAACGGUUGAAGUCCAUCUAUAAAAAGAUUUCAUAG